UGUCAUGAACUCCCCUAGAUACUCCUCUUAAUUACAUUUUGUUUUCUAGCUCUAUGUAAUUAAACUAGUAAACCCUAUUUAACUUCAUUGUUCAGAAAAUCAUUACAGGAAAUUGAAAAUGCCAAGAACAAAGUUGACAAUCAGGAGACUGGAAACUGUCCAGGCAAGGCAGUCAAAAUAUUCAAAGAGAAAAGUAGGAUUGCUGAAGAAGGCUAAAGAACUUUCAGUGCUUUGUGAAAUUGAUUUAGCCCUCCUCAUGUUCUCCCCCACGGGAAAACCAUCACUCUUUGUUGGCCACAACAAGGAUCUCAGCAAUGUGGUGGAGAAAAUGUCAAAAUUGUCUGUUGAAGAUCGUGAACAGAGGAGAGGCUACACCAUGAAGUUGUUGAAGAAAAUAUAUGCUAACUCUGACAUCGAUCCAAGAAAUUUCUCAGAGGACAGAAAUGAAGUACUCCAGUUGCAUGAAGAAAAGCUUAGGGAUGUAAAAGAAAAACUUGAAGAGAAAAGCAGAAUAUUGAGGGAAUGGAAGAAUCCCCAAAUUGUGAAUGACCUUGAACAGAUCAAAAUCAUGGAGGAACAUCUUGUGGGUUCUGUCAAUAAAAUCAGAUUUAAGAAGAGACAACUAUUGCUCGAAUACCAGCAGAAAUUUGAUGCCCUUCACCAGGCAUCUAAGGACCAGAAAGUAUAAUACAAACAAAUCUUCACAGCCUGGCACCUUCGCAGCAAUUAUCAUUUACCCUUUCAAGACAUGCAGAAAGACUCAUGCAUCAUUUAUGGCCUCUGUAAAACAUAAAUGAUAAUCUUCAUUAUAAAUUAAAUGGACCAUGUAACUGCCCAUAUUUUGAAAGUUAAUUUUGAAUUUGAGGGUUGUGCUUCUGACAUUGUCAGUUUCAUAUUUUACCCAUACUUUCUUGAGUUUA